AUGAGCCGGCCUGUCGCAGAGAACCCCGAGAUGUCCACCGAGGAGGCUUUGGCCGGGGCGGUCGCAGCCAGGAGCGCUCGAGAAGAUGUCCGGGGCCUUUUCCCUCUUCAGCAUGCCCUUGGAAGGGCGCCCGACUUGGGCGGGCAUUUCUUUGAGGGCGACUUCGACGAGAUGCCCUGCGUCGAGGCCCAGCGCGUCGACAAGGAGUACGGCGAGAACUACGCGAGGAUGUGCGCGGCGGAGCAGGAGUACCUGAGGCAGGACUACGCGCGGCGCAUCAGCCGGGCCGAGAACGCGCAGAACCAGGCGCGAAAGUCCGCGGCGCCAGGCACGUGGGCGCGCUUUUUCCGCGAGGAGAAGGGCGAGACCAAGGGCCGCUUCAAGGGGCUCGCGAGGGCGCUGGCAUCGGAGACUGCACGCCCUAUGGGCGGCGAUCUGGCGCAGAGUGAGGCACUGCGCCCGGGGCGCCCUGGGACAGUGGUCUGGCUAGCGCGGGCAGGCCAGAUCAUCGAGGUGGACCUGUGCCAGAUCCGAGCCGCCUUUGCCCGGGAGAUCGCGCGCGCCAGGCAAGGCUUCGAGGCAGGCCACCAGGAACCUGAGCACCCACAUGGUAAGCCAGUUGAGAAAGGGGGGAAGCGCGAAAUCUCGGAGCGGACGGCCACCCAGGACGAGGUGGACAGGUUCAACAGGGCAAAGGCCACUGAGGAGGUCAUGCGUAUGCGGUGGGUCCUGGAGUGGAUGGUCGACGUCAGCACAGGCGACAAGAAAGCGAAGGCGCGGAUCGUGGUCUUGGGCCACAUGGGCCCCGAGUACGAGCGCCGCCCGACCACGGCUCCAACGAUGACACGUACUUCCAGGCACCUGUUGCUGCAGAUGAUGGCGCGGCUAGGUUCCAAGGGGCACAUGGCUGACGUGACGGGAGCUUUCACCCAGAACCGCGAGAUUCAGCACAACCUGUUCGUGAUGCCCGUGAAGGAGUUGGCCACGGCGCUUGGAAUGCCCGAGGGCGUCGCCAUGAGGUUCCGGAAGGCCGUGCGCGGGCUCGUCGCGGCAGCCGUUGAGCGGUGCGCAACGGCGAGCGAGGCGCUCGAAGAGUUCGGCUGGACCCAGAUGAAGAUGGGCCCGUGCGUCUGGGUGCUGCACGGCGACGCGCGCGGCCAGGGCGACAGCUUCACCAAGAGGUUCCGCAUGGACCAGGGUGAAUAUUCGAAGACCAUUGAGAAGGCCUCUUUGACCACCGAGCGCAAAAGGAACAAGGACGCGGAGACCGCCGACACGGAGAAGGGUCAGCUCAGAGCAAUCUUGGGCGCCGUCGGCUGGCGCUCCGAGCAAUCUGGCCCAAUGCACCCUGCUGACGCAAGCCUGCUCUUGAGCACGAUCCCCUCGGCAGAAGUGCAGACCAUCAACGAGACGAACAGGCUGGUCGACCGGGCGCGACAAUGCGCUGACCUGCCGGUGGUGAUCCACAGCCACUCACAGGCACAGGUGCUGGUGCCAAUUGAGAGGUCCGACUCAUCCGAGUCGAACCGGCCCGACGGUAGGUCCACCAAGGGCCUGAUUGCAGGCGUGGCCCCACUGAAGAUCCUGAAGGGUGACGUGAAUGACGUGGGCCUGGUGUCGUGGAAGUCCGGCAAGAUCGACCGAGGUUGCCGCAGUUCCGUCGCCUGCGAGACACGAUCGCCAGUGGAUGCGGAGGGCGAGCUGUUCGGCAUCUCCAUCGACUGGCGCAACCCGGAGGAUGCGCUUGGGCUGCGCGACAGGCUCCAGACUACAGUCUACACCUUCCGCGGCAAGGAGGAGCGGACUGACGUGGAUGCGAUGGCGCUGAAGGAGGGAACCCAGGCCGCCAACAUCUGGAUGCCUCGGGUCCACGGCGAUGUUCAAUUAGCAAACUCACUGACCAAGGGACACCAGCCAGGACAGCUCAGGAUGCACUUCGACAGCGGCUACCGCUGGAAACUGGUCUACGACGCCAAGUACCAGAGCGCACGUAAACGGAAGGCAGCAGGGAUCCUUCCAUUCGAGAAUGUCCCACAGGAG